CGGAAGCGGGGCGGCCCCGCUCUGCGGCCCGGUGAGCCCUGAGCUGGUGGUUCCCAGAGCCCGGGGGUUUCUUUUCAGUUAUUAAAAAUAAAUAUUCAUCACUCAGCCAUUCUUUUCCAGGCGCAGAUCCUGUUCGGGAGCGCUUUAAUGUCCGUAGCAGCACACCCGGCUCCGUGCUGCGUUCCCAGCCCCGCAGAUGAAUUUCGGGUUGUUUAUAAGUUUAGCAGAGGGCAGCCCAAGGCGGGGGCUGAAGGAGCGGCUGUGAUAUUUUAUAAAAAACCCUCUGCUAGGAUUUUUCCCUCCUCGGGAAAGAAAUGCAAGAAGUGUCUGCUGCUGUGGAAUGCAGCAGCUCCGGAGCGCCAGGCCGCGCAGGAGGAGGAGGAGGCGGCUCCUGAGGAAGGCCGUGAGGCAGUGCCAGGCCCCGGGGAGAGCUCCGGGGCCUUCAGCCCCGCAGGUCCAGAGUAUCAAGAUGGAGGGGGCCAAUCUUCCGUGGAGACGUCCAAAGUGCUGCAUGAAAUCCUGGGGGAGCUGAAGAUGAUUCUAGGAGGUGUGAGGAGCCUGAGCCUGAGCAGCGCUGUCAGCAGGAGAUCCGCCGGGAGCGGCGGGGCAGAGCCGGGCGCCGUGCUGGGCAGGGCAGACACCAACGCUGCGGAGGGCAGUUCCUUCAAGACCUACUGCAUCGAAGGCAUUUUGGCCAUCCUCGGCUCGAUACUGCUGGGAAUGGUGCUGUGUUGUGCGUUCCAUUUUUGGAGGAAGAGGAAGAAGUGAGCCGGUGGGGCGGAGGGCAGCUGCCGAGGCAGCUGGGGGUGGCACGAGGUGUUUGGAGCUCUGAGUGCCCAGGAAGUCACUGUGGACACUGGUGCCGUGGGCUGGCGCUCCGUGCUCUGCCCAGAGCUCUCUCUGUGCCCACAGGGGGUGCCCAUGGUCCCUGGGGUGCCCAGGCUGCUCCACACCCUCACACCCACCCCAGCCACGCCUCAGCAGCUUCCUCUGUCCACAGGCACCUUGCAGCUGCCUGAGCCAGCUCAGAGGGACAGCAAAAUGUUUGCAGAAUAUUUAUAUUUAUAAAUAAAGAGCAGCAGCACAAUCAGUUGUGUUGUACUGGCAGCAAACUCACAUGGGUGCCACUGCAGGGCCUGGGGGUCCCCUGGGUGCUGAGGGGCUGUGGGGAGCCCCACGACGCCACUGAUUCUAAUUUGAUUUUCACUGUAUGUGUUAUCCAUGCUGUAAGCAACGCCGUGUCCCUGGACAUGACCCUUUGUGGUGUUUUUGCAAAUUCAUAUUAA